AUGACACAGCCCAAACACCUGAAGUCCAGAACACAACAUGUUCGUGCCACAUGGGGCAAAAGCUGCAACAUCGUUCUGUACAUGAGCUCGGAGGCAUCAGAUUUCCCCACGUGUAUUGGACGUAGGUUCAUGCCACUCGUCACACAGGGCUACAUGAGCGGAGGAGCUGGUUACGUCCUUAGUAAGGAAGCUUUGAGGAGAUUCGUGAAGGGCUUUGCUGAUGGUCUUUGCACACACAACACGGACACUGAGGAUGUUGGUUUGGGAAAAUGCAUGGAGACAAUGAAAGUUCAGCUGGGUGAUUCCAGGGACGUUUUGGGGAGACAAACCUUUCAUCCUUACCCUCCAGAUUAUUACCUGCCCAGACAGACACCCAGACUACGACCCUGGUACCUCCUCUAUGAGCAUUACCAACCGGUUGAGGGCCCUGGAUGCUGUUCAGAUUUAGCCAUCUCGUUCCACUACAUAGAUGCAGUGCAAAUGCGCACUUUAGAGUACUACACCCAUCACUUACGCCCACAUGGAUAUAAAUACAGAUUUAAGCCAGAUUGACACUUAAAUAAUAUA